AUGGGCAGUAACCUAGGCAAGCGCAAGCGCGGGUGCGCAACCGAGGAAGAUUCCCUUUUCAAGCCGGCCCCAGCAUCCACGACGGCACCCGAAAGCCCAUUCCUAACGCUAUCAUUUCAAGCGAUCUCUCCUGGCGAAGCCACCAACACCACCAUGAACAUAACAUCAGCACACGUACCAACAACAACGACACUUGAUCAAUCCCAAGACAGCGACAAGGGCCAGCGCCCCGCAAGGAAGGAGCAGUCCCAGAAAAGAAGUCGAACAACCACACCCAAAACCCCAUCCGAAACCCUGCAAAAGUCGAACCCCAAAUCCCGUCGUCAGAAAACGACAGACCAGAUAAAACCAGCCGGCCCCUGGCCGGCGUACCUCACUCACCUCGAAAAGACGCACCGCGCCCUGAACCUGGUGUCGACCUUCUUCUCCGCCCGGCGCGGCACGUUGGCUCCGACCUUUGACACGCUGAAGCCUGCUGUCGAAGGCCACAUCAAAUGCGAGCUGCUUGUUGAGGACGUGGCGGCUAUUGUUGGGCUGCGGAGGCGCGGCUAUCGCGGCGGCGGCGAUAGGAAUGGUGAAAACGAGGGUAAUGGUUUGGGUAGAGAGUGGACUGGGGAUUCAGGUGGAGCGGCCGCUGGAGAAAAGAAUGGAGCGCAAAGGAAUGCGCACGGCAACGAAGGCGGCGGGGUCAGGUUUGAGUAUGUCAGUGAGGUGGAGCUUGCCCUGUCCAUGGGAGGCGCCGAGACGGAGAGAGGAAGGGAGUAUUUUCUCCAGGACGGUGACGAACCCGGCUCGGGGCGGAAGGAGGUGCUGGUGUUUGAGUUCUUGGACGGUGAGUUGAGGUCGGAUGCGAAGGCCAGCAAAGUCCGGGACAGAGAGGACCGCAUGAAGAUGCCUGUUUUCAGCCAGUCGCAGAUGAUGCGGCUGAUUGAACGGCGCAACGCAAAGUUUUUGCUGGCGGCGAAUGAUUUCGUGGAGCGGUGCGUUGCCGACGGGCUGGACCCUGAAAUGGUAUUGAGGGAUAUGAGGGAGGGGUAUAUACCUAGGAUGACCGAGGUCGAGACGGAAGAACAACGGUUGACGGUGAGCCUCCCCCCGAGCAUACCCCGCGAGCGGAAGAGUAUUCCCGAGAUCGUGCAGGAGAUCAAGGACAGUCCAUGGUAUACCGGGCAGAUAGUGCCGGACGGGCACAGGGUGUUUGAAGCGCAAGAGGCUGUUUAUGGCGACCUAGACUUCCUUUUGAGCCAGGAUCUGGUAAAUGCGCUGUACAAUGCCAAGGGUAUCACACGCUUCUAUGCCCACCAGGCCGAGGCCAUCAACGCCCUGCACGAGGGUUACAACGUCGUCGUGGCGACCUCGACCAGCUCCGGCAAGUCGUUGAUCUACCAACUGCCCGUGCUGCACGCGCUGGAGCAGGACCGCAACACGCGGGCCAUGUACAUCUUUCCGACCAAGGCGCUGGCUCAGGAUCAGAGGCGGAGCCUGAAGGAGAUGAUGGGUUUCAUGCCAGGGAUGGAAGAGGUGCUAGUCGAGACGUUUGACGGGGACACUCCCAUGAAUGAGAGAAACGCGAUUCGCGACGAGGCGAGGAUUAUCUUCACAAAUCCGGACAUGCUCCAUAUUACAAUCCUCCCCAAGGAAGAGAAGUGGAGGAGUUUCCUCAAACAUCUCAAGUAUGUGGUCGUUGACGAACUACAUUACUACAACGGCUUGAUGGGUUCGCACGUCGCUUUCAUCAUGAGGAGGCUGCGGCGAACAUGCGCGGCACUUGGGAACAGGCACGUCAAGUUUAUCUCGUGCUCGGCGACCGUCGCAAACCCGGAGCAGCACUUUAAGACGAUCUUUGGCAUCGACGAUGUGCGGUUGGUCGACUUUGACGGAUCUCCGUCAGGACGCAAGGAGUUCAUCUGCUGGAACACGCCGUACAAAGACCCCGGCGAUCCGGCGAGCGGCCGCGGCAAUGCAAUGCUUGAGUGCUCGCGCCUGUUCUCUCAGCUCAUCCUCCGCGGCGUCAGGGUCAUCGCCUUCUGCAGGGUCCGUGAGCAGUGCGAGAAACUGGUCGGCGCUGUCAAACAGGAGCUAGAGACGCUCGGCCGGGGAGAGGUGGUUGCUCGCGUCAUGGGCUACCGCGGCGGCUACACUGCCCAAGACCGUCGGAGAAUUGAAAUGGAGAUGUUUGAAGGCAAACUGCUCGGAAUUAUUGCCACCACCGCCCUCGAGCUUGGUGUCGACAUUGGCACGCUGGACUGCGUGCUGACAUGGGGCUUCCCGUACACCAUCGCCAACCUCAGACAGCAGAGUGGCAGGGCGGGCCGAAGAAACAAGGACUCACUAUCGAUCCUGGUGGGGGAUGGCUUUGCGACGGACCAAUACUACAUGCAAAACCCGGACGAGCUCUUCACCAAGCCGAACUGCGAGCUGCAGGUUGACCUGGGCAACAUGCUCGUCAAGGAAGGGCACAUCCAGUGCGCCGCUUACGAGAUGCCGAUCCGGCCAACCGAAGACGCCGUCUACUUUGGCAGCGACCUCGCCCAAAUCUGCGCCGACCGGCUCAUCCUAGACGAUUCUGGCUUCUACCACUGCCACCCCCGCUUCCGCCCGCUGCCCUCAAAGUUCGUCUCGAUCCGCGACACGGAAGACGACCACUUCGCCAUUAUCGACAUCACCAACAAUCGAAACGUGGUACUCGAGGAGCUCGAAGCCUCGCGCGCAACCUUCACCAUCUAUGACGGCGCUAUCUUCCUCCACCAAGGCAACACCUACCUCGUACGCGACUUCAACCCCGACAAGCAGCUAGCGCGCGUCGAGAAGGUCAAGGUCGACUGGCUCACCCAGCAGCGCGACUACACCGACGUGGACCCAAUCUGCACCGAGGCGGUGAAGCGCAUCGCCCGCUCCCGCUGGCGCGCCUACUACGGCGCCAUCCGCAUCACACAGGUCGUCUUUGGCUACUUCAAGGUUGAUCCCCGCCGCGGCAACCGGGUGCUCGACGCCGUCCAAGUCGGCAACCCGCCCGUCGUCCGCCACAGCAAGGGCAUGUGGCUCGACGUGCCGAAACACGCGCUCGACAUACUCGUGUCCCGUCGGCUCAACGUCGCGGCCGCCAUCCACGCCGCCCAGCACGCGCUCAUGAGCCUCAUUCCCAACUUUGUCGUCAGCAUGCCUGGCGACGUCCGGACCGAGUGCAAGAGCGGGCUAAAGGAGUUCGCCAAGCGCGAGACGGCGCGCAAAAGGCCCGCCAGGCUGACGUUUUACGACGCCAAGGGCGGCGCGGGCGGGUGCGGCAUCAACACCAAGGCGUUUGAGUUUGUGGACCUGCUACUGAGGCAGGCCCUGGCGAGGGUGCAGGCCUGUGCCUGUGAGGGGGGUUGUAUCGAGUGCUGCGCGUCCGAGAUGUGCAAGGAGAUGAACGAGGUCAUGAGCAAGGCUGGGUGUGAAGUAAUGUUGAAGGCGUUGCUCGAUGAGGAGAUCGAUGUCGAGGCGCUGCCCAUGGGGCCGGAGGAGGGCAGUCCGGCUGGGGUGGAGACGGUUGUGUUGGCGGGUACGGUGCCGACAAAGGAUGGGAAGGGCUUGAUAAUUGAGGGUGAGGACGGUGAUGGCCGGGUCCCUUGCACCGAAUAG